AUGCAUAUGUCACUUCCGUACUACUGUCUGACUCUGCCAGAUAUCGUGAUUUCAUGUGCCGAGCUCGAUAGUACCGAUCUUAGGGAUUCAACGAUUUCGCUCUCGCAUCACAAGACGUACUUCCCACUUGUCAUUGAUCAUCAAGGCCAGGAAUCCCAGUGGACAGGUCUUACAACUCGGGAUCGGUCUGCCGCGGCCGGUCAUGAUUUGAUGGAGUCUUCACAAGCUGUUGCACAGUUGGAAACUGAUACACAAACAUACGACCACGACCUAGUACAGCUGUUCGAAGGAAUGCGUGUCGAGGACUACAGGUUCCAAGAUGAUGAGUCUGAUGCUCUGAGUAUAACGACUACUUCUGAAUGCUCGCUGGAUAACGUAGAGAUCACAACGCCGACCCAGGACGAAUAUAGCAAAGCGCAACAGCAAUGUAUCACAGCUAGUUCUCCAAAUGGCGCGGAUAGCCGUCUAGCCCAGGACCACUCUUUCGAAGAACCAGAUAACCACGAAACGCUCCCAUCAGCUCCAGGGAGUCCCUCUAUAACACUGAUCUCGCAAGCUUCCACGUUACUGGUCCUCGCAACAACUCCCAUCCACUGCAGCUCGAAAGUCUAUCACUGA